GCUGAUGAAGAGAGAGCAGGAGCGUCCCGACAGCUCUCGGUCGUUGGGACGCGGCGAAGGGGCGGGGCCAGGCGAGGGUGGGGGAGAGGUCCGUCACCCUCCUGUUGGGAUAGCUGUGGCAGUGGCCAGACAGAGCAAUACAGACUCCCAGAGACCUCUACAACUGCACGCAGGGGUUAAAGACGAGGAGCGGGGGGGACGAGCGAGCCCGUCACCGUGGUGACAGACUGGGGUGCCUGGAGCGUGAGCAGGAGAAGUUGCUCAGAGAGAGUAAGGAGCUGGCAGAGUUCACCCAGAUGCACCCCCCCUUGGUGUCCAGCGCCCUGAACUCUAACCUCAUGACCUCCAACCUCAUGGUGACUGGAGGCUCCGCCCGCUGGCCCCACGACCCCUCCCCCCUGACCUCUCACUCCUGGAUGCCCCGCCAAGGAGCACCGCCCAUCUGGCUGUCGGGAUCCCCCUACGGUUUAGGCCCCUCUCCGCUGCACCAGGCCCUCCCUCCCUACCAGCUGGCCAGAGACCCCCAGUCAGGACAGCUGAUGGUUAUAGCCACAGAACACAUCCCACGCUACGGAGGAGAUGUGUUGGAUGGGGGUGGCGCCCCCCAGUGGCCAGGGGUGUACGGAGCAGGCAGUUCUCUGCAACAUGCCGCUCAGCUGCAGAUGUUGUCACAGCAACAGAUGCUGAGGCAACAUGAGCUGGUGAUGAUUCAACAACAUGCUGCUCAGGUCCUGGAGCUGCAGAGGAACGCUCAACUGAUGGAGCGUCUGAAGGCCAGUGAACAGAGGGCAGAGCUAGAAGAGAAGACCAAUAAGAGGUGUUCCGAGCCCAAACCCCGCCCCUCGCCACGCCCCCACUGCCCACUCUCCAACACCCGGAGGUCCAGAGAGAGAGGUCUCACCCUUCCUCUCCCUUCCUCGCCCUCCCGCCCCACACUCUGCCUCCCCCUGAGACCCAAACAGGACACUGACGAGGGAGAGGAGGAGGGGGAGAGAGGGGGAGAAACAGACCACCGCCCCUAUCACCGAAUCUACACAGAUAUCACCCCUGGUUACCGUUACCAGUCCAUCACCCCGCCGUUCAGCGCCCUAUUCCCCCCCCGCCCCCUCCCCCAUCCAGCAGGGGGUAACAAACACCCCUCGGUCUCCUCCCUGCCACCACUCCUCCGGGCCACAGCUCCAGACACGAAGCCUCGGGGCCUGGAACUCCGGCCAGACCAGGGGACCACGCUGAAGCAUGACCCCGACCAGGAGCCACCCCAGCUGGGCAUGAGUCCUGCUGCCCUGGACCCUCAGCUCAGGACCUCCAGCCCUCCAACCCUCAGCCAAAUAGAGAGAGACGAAGGGUCAAGCCUCAAACACACACAUCUCACACACACACACACACAAUUACACACACAUCCCAGCCUUACACACCCACAUAAAUACACCAGCCUCCCCUCAGCCCCCCAGCCCUGUCCUUCUCUACCAUCCACACAGCCACAUGAACACACCAGCCUCCCCACAGGCCCCCAGCCCUGUCCUCCCCCCACACAGCCACAUAAACACACCAGCCUCCCCACAGGCCCCCAGCCCUGUCCUCCCCCCACACAGCCACAUAAACACACCAGCCUCCCCACAGGCCCCCAGCCCUGUCCUCCCCCCACACAGCCACAAGAACAACAGACCGAGGAGGAAGAGGAGGAAGCAGGAACGGUCAAGAUGGAGGUGUUGACCCACGGCUGCCGAGGAGCCUAUCAGCUUCCACCGUCCGUCCCGAAGGUGGAGACUAAACCAGAGGUCGCAGAGAAGUCGAGUCCCGUCCAUUACCCAUCAUGCACCACGGCAAGCUCCAGAGCGACCGGCCUUUAGACCCAGCCCCGACACACACGCAUCCUCUCCUCCCCCUCUCUCUCCCUGUCCUCCCUCUCCCUCCCCUCUAAACAUCGUCCCUGAUGACCCCAUGGCUGGUCUGAUGACGCUGUUGGCUGCCAGUCAGAUGCCCCAGGCUGCC